AUGGCAAAUCCUUUAGAAAAACAAUCAGUGAAGAAACCAACAGGAUGGAAUACUUUUUAUCAACAAGUUGCGGUGAGUUGAUAGUAAUCAUUUUUGUACGAAAUAUACCAUUCCGGAUUUGUUGAUGCCAUCUUGAUGUCAGGACAACAAUUCGUUUUAAAACGAUAGAGUAUUCAAAUUUAAAAAUAGCGUUAUAAAACAUAAUUUUCAGAGAAGUUCCGAAGUUCACAAGGUCAUAUAAAUGAAUACUCGUAUAUUUAUUUGAAUAGUUUUAAUUUUGUUUCACUUUUCACAGCCUGGAAUUAUUCAAAAACUUGGGCCCGAGGCAAACAUUGGCAAAGUGUCCACUGUGGCAUCCAAAAUGUGGAGGCAAAUCGGUGAAAGAAGGAAGGUAAAUAUUCAAUAUUCAUAGUAUAUUGUACUAUAUUAGAAGUAUAUAUUUAUUUAAAGUAUUAUGCUUUGCCUUAUUAUUUUUUUUAUAUGUUUCUCGCCCAGAAAAUCACUAAAAUCACUGAAUAUUUUGAGUAAAAAUAUUUAUAUAAUUAUAAACAAUUAUACCAGGAGUGGUAUGAUUGUUUUACUAUAGACAUUCACUCAGUUCAAUGAAAAAAGACCUUUUUAUCAUUAAAAUAGACGAUGUGCUACCCACCCCCCUCCCCAUGGAUUGACAUCAGUAGACAUUAAUGCACAUCAAUACACCUCACUAGACAUAACUUGACAUCAGUAGGCAUAAAUAGACAUAACUGUUUACAACCUAUGUUAGUCUAGCAAUGUCUAGUGAUGUACAGGCUUCUCCCUAGAAAUAUUUUGAAAUCUAGUGUUUCUGAAACAUAUUUGCUUAACAGGAGUGGAAAAUGAAGGCACAACAGACAAGAGAGGACCUUGAUACAGAGAUGGUGCAAGAAAAGCUUGACUGUGAGAAAUGUGGCAAGAUUUUCACCAGAAGCAAGGACCUGAAGUUCCAUAUCAAAGGUUGUCAACAAUGUGUCUGUGAGAAAUGUGGUCAAAAGUUUACCCAUGCAUUGCAGUUGAAAAGGCAUAAUUUGAAAAAGCACUCGAAGACUUUUUCAUGUAAAACAUGUGGCAAAUCAUUUGGUUACAAACACCAUCUGGAUAGACAUAGCCGUGUUCACGAUACUAGUGUUUUCACUUGUAAAAUAUGCCACACUAAGGUCAAAACAAGAAGCAAUUUUAUUAGGCAUAUGACUCGGCAACAUGAUGGGUUAGAUCCUAAAAAUUACUGA